UCGUGUGGAUCAUUCCCACGGCCCAGAUCAUGCCGAGUACGCAGCGCUGAGAUUCGAGUGCGGUUCUUGCCCGUUCGAGCUGGCCCACAUUCACGCUGAACUCUUCCCGGCAAGCAUCGGGAAGCGUAAAAAGUGAUGGCAGGUCACCAAAAAUAGCGGAGCUGUUCUUUGGUGCGAUGGUACCGACGACUCACCUACAUAUAUCAGCAUCUGCGUUACCAGCGUAGCAAGACAGACAUGACGAUCUGCAUCAUAUGCUCCUGAACGUCCGUUGCAGUUGAGUCCAGCAUCAGGAUGGCGUCCGGAGAGGAAACGACUUCACGCAUCAUCCAGCGGCCCCAGAUGCGGCCCGGGCCCGAGGAUGACGCCCACAACCCCUUCGUACUGCCGUCCAACUCGGACGUGUUCACAUUCCGGCAACAGGACGUGCAGAACCAGAAGGAGAAGAAGAACACUCAGCUGGCAAUGCCAAUCUACAAGCGUCAGUACCAUCAGCCACGGAUCACCGCUCGACUGCCGCCCACCCCGGAGCCGGAGGACCCGCAGGUGGCGCAAGAUGACACCUUUUUCAGGAAGAACUUGGCGUACACGCGCGUGGCCAUGCAGAACAAGGGCGUGGAGCGGCAGACGCUGGCCGAGUUUGUGCAGAACAAGAAAGACAUGUUCUUUCUCCAGUACACUAUCAACGUGAAGCGCGAACAGAUGGCGAAGCUCGAGACAACGGUGAAAGAGGAGCAGGAGCGACUCGAUCGCGACAAAAAGAAGAUCGAGAAAGACUAUCAGGUGUUUGACGAAUUCCUCAAAGAGAAUGACCAGAUGGCUGUGGAAGCGAUUCGUCUGGCCGAGGAUGAAGCCAAGAUCACGAUGGACAAAGUGUCACAAAUUCGCCAAGUCAACAUCCAAAUCAUGGCCACCAAGAGCUUCAUCAUCAAGCUGGAGGAGCGAUACAAAGAGCUGCGCAUGUACCGCCGUUUCCUGUUCCAGCUGGCGCCACAGGAGUGGCGACAGGAGCGUGAGGAGCAGGCGAGGCGCCAGUCUAUGUGCCGCCAGCUGUCCGAGCAGCUGGAGGUGGCCGACACGGCCUCGCAAUCAGGCAGCGUGGUGACCCUCGGGGGGCGCCUGGCCGGCCAUCGCGUGCAGCAGGCGUCGUCGCCGACGCUGGUGACCGUUGCCAGCACGGCCACCACGCGGCGCGCCAGCCUGGCCGCCUCGUCGGCCGUCGCGAUGCAGCUCGACGAGUCGAGUGUGGACGCCGAGCUGUACUUCACCGAGCCUCAGCAGCUGUUCGCUGUCUUCCUUGAACUGGAGGAGCAGAACCUCAAGCUGAUACAGAACUCGCAGGAAACGGAGGAGGCGCUGGAGGAAAUGAAGACGUCCGGUGAGCUCACCAAGGAGCGCAUCAGCCGAGAGGUGGCCCUGCUGGAGCAGCAGGUCGGUCUGCUGCAAGAGGCCGUCAGGUGGGAAGAGGAGAAGAGCGAGCAGCUGGAGCUCUUCUGCACGAUAUUCAACCAGGGCGAGUUCAAGGCGGAGGAGCAGGAGAGCGCGCUGGCCGAGCUCAACGACCAGGUGACGGCCGUGUACACGGCCAUCAUCGGCGAGAACCAAGCCAACAUCAGCACGCUGCAGAUGCUCGCCUCGCUCGAGAGCCACAUCGAGGAUAUGUUCGAGUACAUGGAGACAGUGCCGCCUGAGCGACUGCACGCCGCUGAAAAGCUGCGUGACCGCGAGCGGCGGCUGAAGCUGCGCGAGCUGAAGAUCCGUCAGCAGCAGGCGGCGCAGGCGGACCGGCUGCGGCGCACGCGACUGCGCGCCAUGGCCGAGGUGGUGAAGCACACCGGCCGACCGCUCGUGUUCCGAAGACGGAGCUGA